AGAAAUGCGAUGAAGUGCUCCAUUAGGCAGAUCAUUAAAGCAUAAAUAGAAUUAAUAGUCACAUUAUGUGCCAACAUAUGCAGCACUGCAACAUUAAUGACUGUAUCAAAUAAGAACAAUGAUUAUAACAACGUAUUGCUUUGUGUCAUAGUUGCUCAUGAGAAUUGAACAAAUUAAAAGAAUGUAGGACAUUUCAUCACAGGCUGACGCACCGUAUAACACACGUUCCCUGGCAGACACACAGGCAGCAGCUAAUGUGAAUAUGAAAUUGAUCAAAGAAAUCUUUCUGAUUACAAACCACAUCAUCUUAAUAAUGAGAAGUCCAAGUUGUAAUUGGUCACAUGGGGAAUCUCCUGAGAGCGCAGUGAGAUGAUGAUUAUGAUUAAGUCGUCUGUCUCGUCUCAGAGUGAAUUCUUUCCAGGGGUCUGAGCUUCCACCACAGCUGCUGCCUGGCUUUGUGCUGCUUGGCACAUGUUCAACUGCCGCACGGCCGCAACAUCUAUGUAACAGUAUGACUGUGGGGUUACAUAAUCCUGACAGGAGCGGUUUACAUAUAAACUCCAUGUGACAUACUAGGAAGUCACAACACAGUUUUGGAUACACCAGAGUGAGGACGCAAAGAGCCCGACUUGAGCAGGCACCUCUGAUUGUGGAUGGCAGUAAUAUCCUGCUUUCUUAUUCCUUUCCAGAGGAAACAUGAGCAAAGUGAGCCGAUAAGAGGAUAUCAUUUGAACCUGACUCUCUUUCUUCACCCUGUCAAACACUCGGCACCGUUGGAUUAAGCAUAAUUUACAAAAUGAGUCUUUUACUGCUAAUCUGCUAACAUGUUUGCACCAUUUUAAAGUUGCUGGUUGAGCUUAUUUGAACUGGCAACAUACAAUUCUGCAGUAUUUCGCAAAUGAAUCAUGUGUUUUGUUUUUAACAUCUUAACCUUCACUGGUAACUAUGGCUGUCAGAUAAAUGUAAUGGUGAAAUCCACCUAAAUACGGAACUGAAUCGAGUGAAUGAACUUAAAUAGUUCAUAAAUAGUCAUAAAUUACAACAUCAGCUGUUUAAAGGCUUAAACACUCCUCUGAUCAAAUGUCAUUUCUAGUCUACACUUUCCCUACUCAGUGGGGAUAUAAAUAUUCAAAUAUGCAAUAUACAAAUGUAUUAUAAUAUUCAUUCUUGGUAGUAUGAUGCCAAGUUGAACCACUUUAGACACUUUAAUACAUUACUUAUUUAGUUUAAUGUCCUAGAAUAAUUCUCCUUGGCGUUUAGUGGUGUAGAAAUAGCAAGCAUCUAAUUAUCAAUGCUCAAGUACACCUUAAGAAAUUGUAGUUAUGUCCAGAAUUUCAGUAAAUGUUCUUAUUCAGCUGUGCAGUUGUUAGCAUCUGGUCCAGUCUCACACGCUAUGUGGGGUUGCUCUUUAAUCAUAAAUCACAACGCCAUCAGUUUUACUACAAUUCCACUGUGCUUAUGUUGCCUUCUGGUUUCCCUCCAGAGUGCACUGUGGGCAGGUGGAGAAUAUAAACUGCCCAUGAAUAUGAAACACAAGUCUGACUGACUACUCCUCUGUUUGUGUUAGCGAUGUGACAAAAUGUGGAAGCAGCUCUCCUGAGAAACCCGAAGAAAGUCAAGCCAGAAGAGAAAACAAAAACAAAGUAUGUUGGCUGCCACAUUGAUGACACGCAGAAAAGAGCGCUGAGAGGAGUUUCCUUUUUUGACUACAAAAAAAUGACUGUAUUUCGUUGCCAGGACAACUGUGCAGAAAGAGGGUACAUGUAUGCAGGUCUGGAGUUCGGAGCCGAGUGCUACUGCGGUCACAAGAUCCAGGCUCCCAAUACUUCCGAUAGCGAAUGCAAUAUGGAGUGCAAAGGAGAGAAGAGCAACCUGUGUGGAGGAGCAAACAGACUGUCCAUCUAUAGGUUGGAGCUGAGCCAGGAGUCGGCCCGUCGCUACGGCAGUGCCAUUUUCAAAGGGUGUUUCCACAGGCCGGAAAAUGUAACUCUGGCACUUCCAUUCAGCAUGGUCAUCCAAAACAUGUCCGUGGACAAAUGUGUGGACAUGUGCACGGAGAGGGAGAAGACGCUGGCCGUCCUGGCCGGAGACCGGUGUCACUGCGGCUUCCCGACUCCUCUGUUCUCCCUUCACGAACCGGAGGAUGAAGGAAUGUGUCUCAGCCGCUGCCACGGCCAGGAGUUCGAGAGCUGCGGGAACGACGAGUAUUUCGUGGCGUACCAGACGCAGGUUCAAGAUAACCGCUGCAUGGACCGGCACUUCCUCCCCACUCGUGCUAAGCAGCUGGUGGCUCUUGCCAGUUUCCCCGGAGCCGGCAACACCUGGGCUCGCCACCUGAUAGAACUGGCCACUGGUUUCUACACCGGCAGCUAUUACUUUGAUGGCUCCCUUUACAACAAAGGAUUUAAAGGCGAGCGGGACCACUGGCGGAGUGGGAGGACGAUCUGCAUCAAGACGCACGAGAGCGGCAGGAAGGAGAUUGAAUCCUUCGACUCCAGCGUUCUCAUGAUCCGAAACCCCUACAAAGCCCUCAUGGCCGAAUUUAACAGGAAAUAUGGCGGCCACAUUGGAUUUGCUUCUCAGGCCCACUGGAAAGGGAAAGAGUGGCCCGAGUUUGUGAAGAACUAUGCCCCUUGGUGGGCGUCCCAUACCCUGGACUGGCUGAAUUAUGGGAAGAUUGUCCACGUGGUCCACUUUGAGAAUGUGAAGAGGGACCUGUUCUCCCAGCUGAAGGGAAUGGUGCAGUUCCUUGGUUUGAAAGUUUCGGAGGAACGCCUCCUAUGCGUCGAGGGCCAGAAGGAUGGAAACUUUAAGCGAUCCGGCCUACGAAAGCUUGAAUAUGACCCCUAUACUCCAGAAAUGCGAGCAAACAUCAAUGAACUAAUCAGAACAGUAGAUGCUUCUUUGAGGAAAAGGAACAUUUCUGGAGUUCCAGAGGAAUAUAUGCCUAGAUGAUAUACGAGAUCCCAUCAUUUAUUUUCCUUUUCCCUCCUUUAAUUGGACUGCACCAUAUUUUUCUAGGAUUACGUUACAGAAAAUGUUUGUUUUUUUCAAUUAUUAUUCUGUGAACAUAGGUGGAAGCUUUUCUCUUUACCCUCUUUUUUAUUUCCUAUUCAUGUCGUUUCAUUUUGUGUUGAUCCUCAGUAGCUUCAUGCAUUCAUAAAAUAGGCAGUUUUCUCUCCGGCUAAAUGAAAAGCACUCCAUAUCCUGCUCUAUGCACAUGUGCUAUGUAGGCAUGAGCACAUGCCUUAACAUGAAGAAGGUACAGCUGACUACAUGUGUUACUAGUGAAGAAACGAGUUCCCCCGAAUAUACAUUAUUUUGUGCAUAAGAAAUAUGAGAAAUGAAAACUUUCAGAUGUAAAAAUCUUCUGCUGCUAUCAGUUAGAGAAUAAUACUAUUUUAUACAUGGAACGUAAAGCCCUUGGUCAGAGGGAAAUAUGCAAUAUGCAGGCUAUAACCACAUGAUGACGAUGAUGAUGUGGUGCGUUUCUAAUAUUUUGUAAGUUGUUCCACUAACUUUUAGAGAAGAAUCUUGUUUUCAGUUAUUUCUGCUUCUUCUAUUCAAGAUGAUGAAUAAUCCCUCUUGAAGGCACUGACAAGGAGAAAAUAGGAUUUAUCUCAACAGCAUUUAUCUCUGCCGUGCAGUGCACAUGUCGACUGAUUUGGUUGUGCGUUUGUUUUCUUGACACUGGACUCGAUGAAGAAAUCCAAAAAGCACUUUGCUGUGCCAAACUUUCCCCAAAGAUCAUGGAGAAAUUAGACAUUACAUUGUGUUAGAUCAGAGGUAAUAUUUAGCAGUAGCAAUGAGUAUAGAUUUAUUUUAUGAGUUACUCAUAAUCAAUGUUUUAUUGCUUUGUUGUAAGAAGGGUUAUGAAAGUUAUAGCUGGUGAUCAUUUUACUAAUAAUUUGAUCUCCACAAAUGUGUGAAUUCUGCUUAUAAAGUAAAGUCUUAUAACGGUACUCAAUGUCCUGUGCCGUAUGCUAAUAAUACAUUUUAAAAAAAACAUUUAAAAAAAAAUACAUUACAGAAAUAAAUACAACGUGGGUGACAGCGCCAGACACAAUUAACUGACUUCCAUUUUCAAAAUUGCAUAAAUAUAUUUUUAUAGGAUUUGCUGAGGCAUUGAUAACAUUUGUAUUACAACCAGCAAAAGGGGUGAAGGUGUCUAUUUUUAACACAUGCUUUGAACUUUAUUGGCUCUGGCUUUCACGGACAAGCAGGCACUUUCUGAGCAUAGGUGUCACAAAUGAAUGUAUUUUCUAUGGAAUGAAUGUAAUGUGAUAAGGCCCAAUAAAUGAGUGCAUAAAAUGAUA